AUAUUUUUUUUAAAAAAUUCCGACCCAUAAUAAACAAGAAAAAAAAAACGGAAAUUUUGGUGUAAAAAACACUUACAGUUUUGAAAAGCCCAUGGCGCAGCCCAUCAUAAUGGGGUGGUAAAACCUCUCAUUCAUACUCUCUUCUUCUCCACAACAACAACAACCCUUUCACUCUCCGCCACACCGCGGCCACAGCCACAGCAACCACACUCUCUCUCUCUCUCUGAUUCAUAUAUUGGCUGAAAAUAAUAAGCAUACAUAUAACAACAGUGACUCAUUCACAAUAAGGUUGUAAUUGUUCACUUCCUCAUAACUAUACUAAACCUCUCUUAAACCCUAAUAUUCUUCCCCUUUCUAAUUUUUCGUAUAAACCUUAUCCACUGCCAUGGCUGCCGGAGAGAACCAAGCGAUGGAGCCUUCGGCAAAGGGUCCCAUGAGGAGGAAUAUAGGGAAGAAGAAAGGUUUCAAGGGUAGGAAUAGACCGAACAGGGGCUUACCCGGGGGAGUCGGAGACUUGAGAAAGCCUAAGAAGAUAGAUGUCAAGAUGAAGAAGCUGUUUCGUAAGCGAGCUAGGGAUUACAAUUCGGAUGGGGAAGAAGAUGAGGAAGAAGAAAAUGAUGAUGUUGAAAACGAGAGGAAAUUACAGAAAGUCGAGGAGUUGAGUGGUGGUGGGCAUUCAUCUGAGGAAGAUAAGGAUGAAGAAGAUGAAGAUGGGAAUCUGAAAGAGCGCCGUGAAGAUUUCGAUGAUGGGUUAUCCGACGGCGAGGAAGAAACUGUUGGUAUUCAGCCUGGAAUCACCAAGUUUACAGAGGGUUGUAGAGCGUUUAAAAUGGCUUUCAAGAGUAUUAUUAACAGGGUUAUUCAAGACGAUGGUUUGGGUCCGGUUCUAUCAUCUCAGAAGAAGCUUGUUGCAGAAAAACUGGCUGAAGAAGACGCUGAGAGGAAGGUGAAGAAGGACGUCAGGAGGGAAAAGCACUUGAUGGGAGAAAAGGGACAUGUAAUACCAGCAAAUUAUUUGGAUGCACAUGAAAAGUUUUUAAUUGGUGUUGCUACAAAAGGAGUGGUCAAGUUGUUUAACGCUGUUAACAAGGCUCAACAUGCUCAAAAAGGAUUGGAUCCUUCGAGGUCUAAGGAUGCUAAAGAGCUAAGGAAACGAAGGAAAGAUGCCUUCUUUUCAGAAUUAGGCAAAACUCCAUUAACUGCUAAGGCUCAGACAUCAACUGGUCAAGGGGACGGUGAUGCGCCUGGUUGGGCUCCUUUACGUGAUAAUUAUAUGCUAACGAAUUCCAAGUUGAAGGGUUGGGAUAAGAUGCCGGAUAACGAUGCAACAGACGACAUUGGGAGAAUGUCAGAAGAUAGUAGUUCAGACGGUGAUGACUAAUUUAUAGCAGUUUUACUUGGAGCACCAACAUUUGUUUUCAUUUGUGCUAUUGUUGCUAUUCUGGAUAGGAGUUUCCCAACCUCCUUUCUAAAGUUUUGUAGAAUACUUUAUAUUAUUGAUCAUUAUAAAUGAAUGGCUUGAGUUAACCUA